ACAUAUCGUCAUCAAGCCAAUAUCGACGAUGAGGCUGUCACCAUGGAGAUUCUGGACACUGCAGGCCAGGAGGACAUCCAGCAGAGGGAGGGUCACAUGCGUUGGGGUGACGGCUUUGUCCUUGUGUAUGACAUCACGGAUCGGGGAAGCUUUGAGGAGGUGGGGCCGCUCCGAAGCCUCCUAGAGGAGGUGAAGAAACCGAAGAACGUUCCUCUGGUUCUGGUGGGCAACAAGUCUGACCUGGACCACGUCCGGCAAGUCGGCACAGAGGAAGGAGAGCGGCUGGCAGCCGAAAUGGCGUGUGCCUUCUACGAAUGCUCCGCCUGUGCCGACGAGGGCGGCGCCGUGGCCGAGGCGUUCCACGAGCUCUGCAGAGAGGUGAGACGCCGCAAAGCUGUUCAGGGAAAAGCCAGACGCCGCAGCUCCACCACUCAUGUCAAACAGGCCAUCAACAAGAUGCUGACCAAGAUCAGCAGCUAGGGACGAGCCGUGCUACCGCCUGAUGACAGGAACAAAAAUUGCUUUUCUCGCUGAAAUGUUUUGGACCAUCGGUGGACGAUGACUGAUUUAAGUGUGAAAUGUGUUCU